ACGUACACAAGCAUGUAAAUAUGUAUUAAAGUCCAAGUGGUGUCAUCGCAUCUCAGCUUGCUGUAUCAUUUUUGCGAAUUAAUUAAUUCCAGGUCCGAAUAUUUGGUAAUUUUCUUAAAAUGGGUGGUGGACUUGGGUUAAAUCGUUUCAUACGGGAAAAUGUACACGAAAUGCUCAUUGAUUGCUUCGACAUUUUACUAUUUUCUACAAUUUGUGUGUUCGUACUGUUGAAACUUCUUCCAUUGUACUUUGUUCACAAGGCAAGACGAGGAAUCAAAGCAAAAUGGAGUACUUCUCCCAAAGAUGUGGUCAUUUUACAUACAACUCCUCGUGGAGUUUUGACACCUUGCAUUUCACCCUUCGCAUUGAAGCUGGAGACCUAUCUUCGAAUGGCAAAAAUUCCGUAUAAGUUUGAUGGUGAAUUUCCAUUCGGCAAGAAAGCCAAGACGCCCUGGAUAACAUUAAACGGGAAACACAUUGCGGACUCACAGCUAAUUAUUGAAACUUUGAACAAGUACGAAAAAUUUGAGGUAAAACUUGGCAACUAUAAUGAAACUGAGCGAGCUUAUGGAAGAGCAACAAGGAUUAUGAUUGAUGAGCAUAUGUACUGGGGAGGCGUCGUUUGGCGAUUUUCAUAUUGUGACCAAAAAGUUUUGAAAGCAAUGUACAAACCUCUUUUCAAGAAGUAUAAUUGGAUUAUGAGGGAAUUUUUGUGGCGAGGAGUCGUUUCCAAGAUGAGGGGCCUCGCGUGGGCUCAAGGAACUGGGCGACAUUCGUACGAAGAAAUUGUUUCAACUAUGAACGAGUCCACCUUUGCUCUGUCCAAGAUCCUUGGCAAUAAGAAAUUCAUUCUUGGAGAUUUACCUUCUGAGGAUGACGCUGCCAUAUUUGGUUUGUUGGCGCAGGCCUUGUAUUCCUCCCCUGGAGCCCCAUUCCAUGAUGCUUUCGAUAAGUGUCCAAAUCUUGUGGAAUAUACGAACCGCAUGAAGGAAUUGUACUGGCCGGAUUGGGAUGAUAAUUUGGCCAAACCGUAAAAAUCUUUGAAGAUGCUAAAUUAUUUUGACAAUACUUUGUUCACAUCUAAGAAUAAAUCAAGUUUUAAUUUAUUAGGACUGAUUUUGGUUGAUAAUAAAUGCCCUACAAUUUUA